UUACACUUUUAUUUUAAAAGGCAAAGUCAUCUAACUUCUGUCAACGUUACAUUGUAGCCAACUAGACGGUUCUUGUAGACGGCAGUCGAAACAGAGAGAAGGUCUAUCUGUGGAGUCUCCCGCUGGGUGCUCAGCGUGUCAUGGAUGCAGUGAAGGAGGGUCAAAAGAGCACCCUGAGCUCAGGCAAGAUGGUGGCCCUGGCUGCAGGGCUCUCAGUCGGGGCCACGGUGGGCUACAUUGUCUACCGCCAUAUAAGCAGCAUCAACAACAACUCUCAGCGGCCUCAUACUGAGGAGUCCAAGAUGACGCUUCCUUUAGAAAUUUAUAAGAACAUAUCAAGAUGCCAGGCCUCUUUUUUGGACAUGGUGAACCAAAAGUCUGGAGCCCAGGUUCGGGUCCUGUCAGAGUCAGGGGAGCCUGGAUGCCAGACAGCUGUGUGUUUUCUGCUGCAGGGCUCUGCAGAGCAGGUCCUGUUGGCCCGCUGUGUCCUGGAGAACCUGGCCACAGACUGUGAGCCAGCCACUGAAGUCUUGGAGGUUCCUCAAACUGCCUUUGGGCGGAUCAUAGGCCGUGGGGGAGAAUCUGUGAAGCUGAUCACCAGGACCACUGGGGCCAGAGUGGUGUGUCCCAAGGAUCGGGCGCAGGGCCUGGAGGCAAAGGGCAAAGUGACAAUCACAGGGACCCGGCAGGAAGUCAGACAGGCCAAGGAGAUGAUUCUAGAGAAAGUCAAAGAGGACAUAACUGUGAGGAAGAAAAUCUCCCAGUCGUCCGCCCUGCGCCUGAAACGCCGCCCCCAGGAGCUCGAGGGUCAGAGGCCAGACAUCAUAGAGAUUGAGCCAACAGUGGGUUUGAACAACAACAGGUCCUGUCCUCUCAAGGCAGAGGAAAAGGGGCUUGUGCAUGCCAAUGGGACCACAGGAGAACCAGAGAAAAUAUGUGACAACCCACAGGAGCUCCAAGUCACCAACCUAGGGAUCAACAAUGAGGAGGAGGAGCAGGACAUCAUCUCCCCAGACUCGCUUUCUGAAGUGUCCAAGUUUGAAAUUCCCAGCCCGGACCUGAGCUUUCAGCCUGAUGAGCAUCUAGAGGUUUAUGUUUCUGCCUCGGAGAACCCAAGCCACUUCUGGAUCCAGAUCCUGGGCGUUCGCUCUCUCCAGCUGGACAAGCUGACGCAGGAGAUGAGCCGCUUCUACAACAGUGGCACCCUUACUGAGCACAGGGUGGACACCAUUGUUGUUGGCGACAUUGUGGCAGCUCCAUACAGAGACCACGGCACAUGGAACCGGGCCAGGGUGCUGGGAGUCCUGGGCUCAGGCCUGGUGGAGCUUUACUACGUGGACUUUGGAGACAACGGGGAGCUGCCCAGAGACAGCCUCCGCACUAUGAGGAGUGACUUUCUCAGUUUACCAUUCCAAGCCAUUGAAUGCAGUUUAGCAGGAGUGAAACCAGCAGGAGAGAUGUGGACUGAGGCAGCUCUAGACGACUUUGACAGACUGACAUACUGUGCUGAGUGGAGACCCCUGCAGGCCAAGUUGUGCAGCUACUCUCACUCUGAGAUCUCCUCCUGGCCCAGCGUCAAGCUCUAUGACAACAGUGAGGGCAAGGCUGUGGAUCUGGGUGAGGAACUCAUACGGCUGGGCCACGCUAUCAGCUGUCAGGAUGCGGUGAAUGGGAGAGGUGACGGAGACAACCUCGGCUCUCUGCAGAGGAUGUUGGAUGAUGUGAUAGGAGCGUCAUCAGAGCUCAGUCUCUCCUGCAUCAGUUUAUCAGAAGUGGCCUCAAUCUCAGGAAGUGUUGACGAUGUUAUAGAAGAUGAGCUGCUCUGAGACCAAAGACAUAAAUACCCAGCAAUGACCAUUCAGUCCUCAGCAUCAAUUCAAAUGCAGUGAAGUGAACAUUUCCUUACCUGACCCAAACCCAGCCACAUGAAUCCUCAUCAAGAAGCCUUACUUACUCGACAAGUGUGCAACAGACAGUUCUUCCAGCCAUAUUCAUUUUCCUGUUGUUUCUCAUAUAUGGGAUAAACUCUUCAGCCUCUGUUUUGCCUUUCAUGCCAUUCUGUUAUGCCUAAUGCCGCUUUGCUUUUAUGUGUUAUUACUAUGUUACGUAUUCAGUUACUGAAAAGUGAAGAGAGGAACAAUAAAACAGAAUUCCAGUAUUUUUGAAAUGUAAAGCACUGUGAUAUGAGACACUGGAACCAGAGGACAGUUGAUCUGUGGCUGCUGAUGUUUUUGUUUGUUUGCUUUUUGUAUGUACAUUAAGAUAUAAAGGCCAACAUAUUGGACCUCAGAUGUUACUUAUGUUGUGGAAAUGAGAAUAUAUUAUGGAAUGUGGUCCUCAGAUUUUGUUCAAUAGGAAAAAUGUUACAUAUAUCAAAAAGAUAUCAUACAGAAGAAAUUCUUGGUUUGUCUGCAGAGAAAUGUUAUAUUGCACUUUAAUAAAGGCUUUAUUUUAUGUCUUUAGC